UGCACUCAGUAGUGAUUGUCGCGUGUGUGUGAGGGGGUCGUGUACGCUGUCUAACGGGGCUGUCAAAUGGAUAUUGUUGCUUCGCAACUUAAUUCUUCACCGCAUUGACUGAGGCUGAAAAAGAAAUGAGAAUGGGGUCUCGGAUCAAGGACAAGCCUAAGAAGAUCUUUGAGGCUUACCUAGAGGUUAAAUAUUCUGAGAGAAAAGGGCCAGAGGUGUGUUGGUUUUUUCCUUUGGACUAUACUGACCAGGAAACAUUGCAGACAGUGCCUAAGUUUUGUUUCCCUUUUAGUAUGGACAGUCUGGCAGUGAAACAAGUGGGGCAAAACUUCACAUUUGUCUUGACUGAUAUUGAAAGUAAGCAGCGUUUUGGUUUCUGCCAGCUAUCAGAUGUAUCUCUGAGUUGCUACUGCUUCCUCAGUUAUCUGCCAUGGUUUGAAGUGUUCUACAAAUUGCUGGAUAUGCUGGCUAACUACAGUAAUAAAGGACAAGAGAAUUUAAAGAAGGAGAUGUUGGAAUCACUACAUGCAUUACCUAUUCCUGAACCUGGAAUGCCUGUAUACCUGAAUAUGAAUGCCUGUUUCAAUGUGCCUGAUUUGCGAGAGUUGCCAACCAUCCCUGAAAAUACAAACCUGACAGAGUAUUUUGUAUCAGUCGAUGUAAACAACAUGCUCCAUUUGUAUGCAAGCAUGCUGUAUGAACGAAGAGUCCUAAUCAGCUCUAGCAAUCUGAGCACUUUAACAGCAUGUGUUCAUGGUGCGGCUGCCAUGUUGUAUCCAAUGUACUGGCAGCAUGUUUACAUUCCAGUGCUGCCACAGCAUCUCCUAGACUACUGCUGUGCUCCUAUGCCAUACCUGAUAGGAGUCCACUCCAGUCUGAUGGAGAAGGUGAGGGUAAUGGCUCUGGAUGAUGUUGUAAUUAUAAAUGUGGAUACCAACACACUAGAGAGUCCAUUUGAUGAUCUACAGAACCUCCCUAAUGAUGUGGUGUCUGCUCUAAAGAAUCGUCUGAAAAAAGGUUCCUCUACAACGGGUGAUGGGGCAGCGCGAGCUUUUUUAAAAUCACAGGCAGCUUUAUUUGGCAGCUACAGGAGCGCUCUACGUAUAGAACCGGACGAACCAAUUACAUUCAAUGAAGAUGCAUUUAUAACACACAGAUCCAAUACAAUGAGACAGUUUCUCCAAAAUGCAACACAGCUUCAACUGUUCAAACAAUUUAUAGAUGGACGUUUGGAACUGCUGAACUCUGGUGAAGGCUUCAAUGAUGUGUUUGAGGAGGAAAUUAAUAUGGGAGAAUAUGCUGGUAGUGAUAAAGUAUACCAUCAGUGGCUUCUGACAUUUAAGAAAGGUGGCGGGGCCAUCUUUAACACUGUGAAGACAAAAGCAAAUCCUGCUAUGAAAACUGUCUACAAGUUUGCAAAGGACCAUGCCAAAAUGGGCAUCAAAGAAGUGAGGAGUCGUCUUAAGCAAAAGGAGAUGACUGAGAACAGCCAGUCCACCAGCAGAGAUAAACCUACCUCCACCCAUUCAGUGUCUACACAAAGAAAGGAUGCACAUGUCUGGGAACAGAGACGACCAGUUACAGUGCACUUUGGACAGUCUUUCCAUCCAUGGCCGCUAACAGUAAAGAGACCACACAGCAACCUGGAACUCGAAGGCAGUCAUGAACACUUUAUGCGCCCUUCACGUCACUACACUGUGUUUCUAUGUGAGGACUCCUCUGGUGAUGAACUGUCACAGGACGAUGACUUCAUCUCUGCUUUUCCUGAUCACUUCCUUGUCUCCACACCCUUUGAAUGGUCUCAAUCUUACCAAUCUCUAAAGGACACAGAACUUGAGGAAAAGAAGGAGGAAGUUGGGAGUGUGUGUUUCCAGAAUAACACAGCCAUGCAUGGGCCAAUACAUACUAAGUUAUCCGAGCUGAGUCUUUUAGAUGACUCCUUCAGCAGCCAGCAGGAGAAGCCAACAUAUGCCUUACAUACUAUAAACAGCACACACACAGUGUUUGACUCAGGACAGAGCCUAGAGGAGCUAAGUUCGGUCUGCAAGCCAAUUGAACAGCAUGGCAACUUUCGCUAUCAGCACAUGGAGCUACCUGAUGAUGAAAAUAUUCAGACUUUUCUGGACCUGAAGCACACCAGUCACAACAACCAUUGGAGCCAGACGUUACCAGACAGUGUAGCCUUUUCCAGCCAAGACUCGUCUUCCUUUAAUAUGCCAUUGUCUGUAUUACCACGGGAACCCUCCACUCCCAGCAAGGAAAAAGCUUUUCCUGGAACAGACAUGAUUGGGGAAAGGAGUAUAACAAUUCCUCGGCCACAAGCACAGAAAAAAAUACCAGAACCAGGAGCUGUGCUUUCUCCAACAGUAACUUUGCUGCAAGGCUUGAGACAGCAUGAAAAAGAGCUGGCAGAAAGUGUAAAAGGGCAAGUGCUUCACCAGACAGACACUACAUCCCCCCUAACACAGUCUCAGCCACCCAGCAAAGUUUCAGGGUCUGACCUGCUUCACCUGCUAGAUCCUCUAAAUGGAAGCGAACAGCCCUCUGAACCAUCACUUCCCCCACGGUCUUCUUUGACUCCAUUUCAAGGGCAGCCCCCUUUUAAUCCCUUCACACAGGUCCCUCAAUACAUUUUCCAAAAAUACUAUAACCCCAUGCCUCAGGGCCACCAUGACAAUGCCUUUAGCACUGCCUACUUGUCACCACAAACUACUGCCUAUUUCCAUACCUCACCUGUAUUGAUGUUUAGUCAGGCUUCCUCUAUGAGUGGAGCCAAAAUGAAUGGGGUAUUUCCAACUGACAGAGCCUCACCAGCCUCCAGCAGUAGCACCUCUCUUUAUAGUCUGAUUGACUCUCCAACCCCAUCCUGUCUAUCCCAGGCUCUACCACCCACCCACCUGGCAGACAGACCUACUGACCCCUUCAGUGACCUUCUCACCAUGGAAUCAUCCACGGUUUUAACCACACAAACAAAAAGGAAAAUGGAAGACUUGCAUAGAAAAUGGGAGACUUUUGACUAAUCUACCUGACAUGAAUCCUAGCUACUAGAUCUAUGGUAUUUAAACAGACAAUGUAUAUCUCAGCCUGGUUAUACUUACAGUAGAGGUUAAGCUAGCACAGUUAGGCAGGAACCAGGUGUUUGACUUUAUCAGCCACAUCUUCCAGCCAGUAUCCCAAUGAUGUUACUUGUUAAUGUUUGGGUUUUUUUGUUUGUUUAUUUGGCUUCUGAACAAUGCCACAAACGUUUAUAAAUCAACACUAGUUUUUAAUGAUUGCAUGAAUAGUUAUUUGAAACAAGUGAUUACACACUAUAGAUUAAACAGCUAAAACACAAAACAUGACUCCAAUAUGUUCACCCCUAAACACUGUUUAUUAAUGAUUUUCUGUUCAAAAUGUUCAUUUCAUUCUUCCUAUUUGACAUUCACUAUUUUUAAAUCCCUGCUUUUCUUUUGGACAAAGCUAUAUAAUGCUCUAAUAUCUCUCCCCUAACCCUAAUGCAUUGCUGUUAAUUUAUUAGAGAUCAUCUGAAUGCAAGUGCAAAUGUUCAAGAGAGCAGAGUGCAAAUUAGACCAGAUUAGACUUGGUUAGUCAUUAUAGUCCCUGUCACAUAUAAUAAUAAAUAUUACAGGGCCAUAUUCAGACUUAGUAACUUGAAUCAGCUAAUGUCAAUAUUUAUGGACAUGGUUACAUGCUUGUGUGCAGGAUGUAGGUUAUUUUGCUAGUCUAUUUUGUGUUGUUGAUUAAUAAAAUAUUACCAAUAA